AGGUUUGGUCGUCUUCUCGAUUUCCUUCGCGGUGCUCCUCUUUCACAGGGCAGCGGCCGGUUCCCCCUUCCUUCGCCGUCCUAAGAAUUUGCUGCAGCUCCGACUGGGUUCUUCCUCUUCCUUCCGUCCCCCCUCCUUUUUGUUCUCCUCUUCGUGCUGCAGUUCGUCUUCUCCGGGUUUCCAAGUGAUUAGCUGUUUUGCGCGGGAGCCGCUCGACGCCGGUGGAGAAGAGAGACAUGGAGGCUUCUGCUUCUAGAUCCAGCAAAGGAUUCGAUGAUGAGGACGAGGAGUCGUCGGAAUUUGGCAGGAGGGAAGGCUCCUCGCAUAGAGUAGAUUUGACCAUCAAAGUAGAUGGGAAGGGAAGUGGCACCGAUGACCUUCCCACUUCGCCAAGGUCAAAGCAUUCUGCGAUGGAACAGCGGAGAAGAAACAAAAUUAAUGACAGAUUUCAGAUACUUUGUGAACUCAUACCACAUAGCGAUCAAAAGAGAGAUAAAGCAUCAUUCCUUUUGGAGGUCAUUGAAUACAUACAGUUUUUACAAGAGAAGGUACAAAAGUAUGAAUCAUCUUUCCCAGGAUGGAAUCAGGAGAAUCCCAAAUUAAUGCCUUGGGUAAAAGUUUAUUUCAGAUCAUUCUGGAAAAAUGCAGAGUAUUUGCAGCGUGCAUUGAAAUACUCCUACUCACAGGUUAACCAAAUCCCUAUAGAUGGUUUACCUGAUCCGUCGCAAGUUAUUAGGAGUGGUUCUACUCAUGCAUUCUCAGGACAUUUCGAUGAAGGAGAUAUCCCUGUUACACCAACUUUGAUCCCAAAUGCACAGAACCAAAUAGAAUCAGACGCAACUGGUGGUGUACAGUACAUGAUUGAUAGUGCUACAGGUUGUGUUCCUAACAUGCCAGCUCAGGCUCAGUCACUUUGGUUAGGGUCAUCCAGCCCUGCUGAUUGUGCUGCCAGUAAUGAGAUGUUGAAUGACCAAGACGACAUGAUAAUUGAUGAAGGCACAAUUAAUGCGUCUUCUAACUACUCUCAAAGCCUUCUGACGACUCUCUCUCAAGCAUUACAAAGCUCCGGUAUGGAUCUAUCACAAGUCAGUAUCUCCGUUCAGAUUAAUCUUGGAAAGCGUUCAUCCAACAAGCGAUCUGAUACGGCUGCUACAUUGUCCAAUUCCAAGGGUCCUGAUGAGACUGCGCUAACUAAACAAGCAGUCGCUGCUGCACCCUCCGUUGCCAGAAACAUCAGUGAGGAAUCUUCACGAGCAUCCAAGAGACUCAAAGCAGCACGCAACAGUUAGUGCUUUCUUCCUUCGUCUUUGUCCAGUCAGUAUGUUAAUGAAUUGUAGAAGAAUGUGUACAUUCUGAUGAUCUUGCGACAAGAACUGUUGUCGCCAAUGCAUUCUGCAAAAAGGCUUUCUUUGCUGUCUGCGAAGCUGCUUCCCUGUUUCCAGUUCUCAGCCUCCUUUCCAUUUAAGAAAGUAAUUGUUGUUGUAAGAUAUCAGAUAAUUGUCCCAUUGUCAUUGAAUUCAUGUGAACUUGCACACAUGCCUGCUAAUCUCGAUAUGUACUAACCUGCUUGUCGUUAAGAUUGAGUUAUGAUGUUGGAUAACAAAUGCUGGAUGGUUUGAUGAAGUUAAA